UUGUAGUAUGGGUGGUCAUCGUCAGCCGUGCUGCGACAAGAUCGGUCUGAAAAAGGGACCGUGGAUGGCAGAGGAGGACAGGAAACUCGUCGACUUCUUAGGGACACGUGGCAGCGGCGGAUGGUGCUGGAGGGACGUGCCGAAGCUGACGGGGCUCCGGCGGUGCGGAAAGAGCUGCCGGCUCCGGUGGACGAAUUAUCUCCGGCCGGAUAUCAAGAGAGGCCUUCUUACUGAAGAUGAAGUCCAACUUGUCAUUGAUCUUCAUGCUCGCCUUGGCAAUAGGUGGUCGAAGAUCGCGGCAGAGUUACCGGGAAGAACAGACAAUGAUAUAAAGAAUUACUGGAACACUCGCAUUAAGAGACGGCUCAUCAAAACGGGGAUUGAUCCAAACACACACCGUCCCUUUGACCAGCAAAAAGUCAACCCAAGAGUUCAGGAAGGGAAGGCAGUCAACGAAGAAAACCCUCCGAUUGAACCAGAGGCAACGAGUGACAACAAAAACUCAGAAGCCUCUCUGAUAAACCCAACCUGGUGGGACAAUGAUGAUCAGUCUUGGAGUUUCCUUAUGGACAAUGCAGGAGUUGGGGAGUUCACUAUGCUUUUGUCGGGAAACAUUUCAUCAUCGUCAUCAUGGUGGUUGAAGAUCGAAGAAUUCAGCAAAGAGGACUUAGAACUUGGAUGUUUCGAUGACAACACUCGUGUCUGAAGGGUCGGUUUAACGGCUUUUCUUAAUAUAGAUUUAGGAUUCCAUUUCAAAUGGGUGCAAUAAAUUAAUUACGACCAACGAAUAAGAGAAUAAAAACAUCAUAUGUUUUCCAAGU